ACAGAAGGAAGCCCUGAUCGAGUGGUUGCCGAGGCGUGCGGACUGGAGCUCAAACGCCUGCACCCGUGAAAAUUAGACUUCAAAUAUUAGGCCAAUUGCCUCGCGCUUUCGCAGCUGUAGGUGGUUAGCGCAUUGCUCUCAAAUAAAGUAAGCCGAAGGCUGAGGAAACGGCCAGUGGGAACGCUGACCACUGACCAAUAUUAUGCGAAUUUAACAGGGGAUCUAUCUAUCUCACAUUGUGAUUUACUAGUAGAAAGGAUGGAGCAAAGCCCGAACGGCGAAUUGGCCGAGCGCAUAGAGGAAGCCUUGAGAAAGGCCAAAGAGCUCCAGGACGAGGAUCUGCAGGCCGCGUUCCGUCGUGCGAGGGCCUCGCCGGACGACACAAGGUUGUUACUCCCGCUGCUGCAACUCCCUCAAAACGACCCCGGUGAUGCCGCCGGAGCAGCCGCGCAGCCCGAUGAGCAGAUCGUCGAGCGCAAGUUCAUGUGCCCCGAACUGUACCGCGCUGCUUUCUCUGGAUCUGCGCAGCAGGUGCAGGAUCUUCUUGCACCCAGUGACACCACGGCAGGCCCAACAGAUGAACAAGGAAGAGCUCAUCAAGGCAAGUGCAGCCUGGACGAGGUCACUGCAGGUUGGAACACGGUUCUUCACGUCGCGGCCGGCAAAGGACACGUCCCACUUGUGCAGCAGCUCUUCCAGGAUCACACGGCAGCUGCGACGACGCUGCUGCCGUCGGUGAAUUCUAAGUCCGAGACGGCGCUGCACCGUGCUGCGAGGGCGGGGCAUCCGAAGAUGGUGUCCCUGCUCAUACGGUUGGCUCAGGAGCACGGAGCAGGGGCGGCGGCCCUGGUCCUGGCGAGGAAGAGGAGCGGAGGGGACACCGCGUUGCAUCUGGCGGCGCGGCACGGGCACGAAGCGGUGGUACAAGUGCUGAUGGUGGUUGCUCCAGUGCUGUCCUGCGCCGUGAAUGACGCUCGGAUGUCGCCCCUAUAUCUCGCCGUGAUGAGCCGGUCAGUAGGAGCCGUGAAAGCUCUGAUCCAAUGGAGGCAUGCCUCUGCCUCCGGCCACAAGGGGCAGAAUGCUUUGCACGCAGCUGUUCUGCAAAGCGCAGAAAUUACAUCCCAAUUGUUGUCCUGGCCGGAAAAUCAGAAUCUGGCCAAAGAAAUCGAUGAAUCAAAGAGCACUCCGCUGCAUUACGCAGCGUCUGACGGCGACCGCGAGAUUGUCGGAAUGCUCAUCCGCUCGAUGCCGUCAGCUACGUACCUGCAAGACAAGGAGGGCUUCACCCCUCUGCAUAUCGCGGCAUGGAUGGGCCAUGUCGAUGUCAUCCACGACAUGUUAGAAGCUUGCCCGGACUCUGCAGAACUCACUGACAAGGAAGGCAGGAAUUUUCUCCACGUUGCCAUCCACCGCAGCCAUGAGCCCGUCGUUACCUACCUUCUCGGCAGCCCGAUCCUCGCCGGAAUAUUGAAUGAGCAAGACAAUGACGGGAAUACGCCACUGCACUUGGCGGUGAUGGCCGGAAACCCAAAUCUUGCAAUUCUGGAUAAUGGAGACAUCGAGUUGAACAUUGCAAACAAAGAAGGGGAAACGCCAUUUGACCUUGCGAAGGGAAUAACCAGCUUCCUAUUCAUGAUUGGUUUCGUGCUAAGGCUGUCGGCCCACGGAGCUCGGUUCGGGGCAGAGCGCCAAGAUGGCAUAACCCCCUGGAAGAGCAAAGCGAUCAAGGAAUGGCAUGAGAAAACCUCCAAGAACCUGGGCAUCGUCGCGGUGCUGAUCGCCACCGUGGCCCUGUCGGCCAUGUUCAACGUGCCAGGCGGGUACGACUCCAACGGCGUGGCGAACCUCCACGCGACGGUGCCAUACAACGCCUUCCUGGUGCUUGACACCGUGGCCGUGGCCGCCUCCGUGAUCGCCACCAUGCUCCUCACCUACGGCAGGGGGGCGCCGCGCUCGAGCGCGGCGUGGAUAUGCCUGGCCUUGAUAUUCCUGUGGAUCGCGCUCAUGAGCAUGAUCCUGGCUUUCAUGGCCGCCGUGGUCUCUGGGCUAGACAGCACGACCACCAAAGGGAUGAUCUGGGGCAUCUUCGCGCUGCCGUUCGCCUUCUUGAUCGCGCUUAGCUUCGUGUGGGCCGUGCCGGCACCGACCUUUACAAGCGUGUGUUUGCUGCUUCGUGCCCUCACCGGAGAAGACCGGCAGCGUAUGAAACGCCACAUUGACCGGCGCUUCCCACUGGUAGGCUUCUACCUCUUAGUUAUGUACUUGUUCUGGUUGUUGAACGCUGUGGCAUUUUGUCUUACUGUGUAUGUCAUCAUAAACACAAUAUGACUGAGACGAGCUUCAAACUAUGAAGAUAUACUGUCAAACAUUUGUUAAUCGCGUUCACAAGCUAGCAAUGUAGUAGCAUUUGUUCACCAUGUGUACAACAAAAGGCUCCGACUGAUAUU